CACAACGCCAAAUUUAACCCCCCAAAUGACUCGUUCACGAAGUCUUCUCCAAGACGAUCGUUUCCUUCUCCCCUCCUCUCCUCUCCUCUCCUCUCUCCGCCAUUCUCCGCCUCCCCCCGGCCGCCUCGAGCGGAGUCCCAUCCCUUAUCUCUAUGGCACGCUCGAGAGAUCGAGGUGCCGCAGCCUCCUGCUUCCUCUUCCUCCUCUUCCUCGUCGUGGGCGCCGCUGGAACGCCGGAACCCUCCCUCCAGGCUCUCUCCAUUCCCGGAGGCCGUUCGCACUUGGUGCUGCCGCUCGUGCUUUCCCGCGCGAACUCCACCCGCCGAUCCGCCGUGGCGAGACGAUUUCUCGGCCGGCAGCUCACGGCCAACGCCCGCAUGAGGCUCUACGACGAUCUCCUCACCAAUGGGUAUUACACUACGAGGCUCUUUAUCGGGACACCGCCUCAGGAAUUUGCAUUGAUCGUGGACUCUGGGAGCACUGUCACAUACGUUCCUUGCUCCACCUGCGAGCAGUGUGGGAAUCAUCAGGACCCAAGAUUUCAACCUGAUUUGUCAAGCACAUAUGAACCUGUAAAAUGCAAUGUUGAUUGUACCUGUGAUAAAGAGCAAAAGCAGUGUGUUUAUGAGAGGCAAUAUGCUGAAAUGAGCUCCAGCAGUGGUGUGCUUGGUGAGGACUUCAUAUCAUUUGGAAAAGAAAGUGAGCUUAAACCUCAGCGUGCUGUUUUUGGCUGUGAAAAUUCUGAAACUGGUGAUUUGUUUAGUCAACAUGCUGAUGGCAUAAUUGGGCUCGGCCGUGGGCAGCUCAGUAUAAUGGACCAGCUCGUCGAAAAGGGUGUUAUUAAUGAUUCAUUUUCUUUAUGCUAUGGGGGGAUGGAUAUUGGUGGAGGUGCUAUGGUUCUUGGUGAGAUAACUCCACCUCCUGACAUGGUUUUUUCCCGAUCAGAUCCUGUUCGCAGCCCAUACUACAAUAUUGAGCUGAAGGAAAUAGACGUGGAUGGUAAGCCGCUGCAGUUAGAUCCAAAGAUAUUUGAUAGCAGACAUGGCACAGUGUUGGAUAGUGGAACCACAUACGCAUAUCUACCAGAAGAAGCAUUUAUAGCAUUUAGAGAUGCUAUCAUGAGUAAGCUAUCUCUUAAGCAAAUUCCUGGACCGGAUCCAAAUUACAAGGAUAUCUGCUUUUCUGGUGCUGGAAGUGAUGUCUCUGAACUCUCAAAGUUCUUCCCAAAGGUCGAGAUGGUAUUUGGCAAUGGAGAAAACCUUUCACUUUCACCAGAGAACUACUUGUUCCGGCACUCGAAGGUUAGUGGUGCUUAUUGCUUGGGAAUAUUUCAGAAUGGAAAAGACUUGACAACACUUUUGGGGGGUAUUAUUGUUCGCAAUACUCUGGUAAGUUAUGACCGUCAGAAUGAAAAGAUUGGAUUUUGGAAGACCAACUGUUCUGUAUUAUGGGAGAGAUUGCAUAUUGGUGGAGUCCCUUCACCUGCACCUUCAGAAAACACACAUGCAACAAUGAAUGACUCACCAGCUCCUUCUCCUAGUGAUCUAUUUGAUCAUUUUGAAAUUGGGCUCAUUACCUUUGAUAUGACUUUGAAUAUUACAUAUGCCAAACUGUUGCCCCACACAGAGGAACUAGCAGAGCUAAUCGCACACGAGCUAGAAGUUGAUAAAAAUCAGGUUCAUUUAAUAAAUAUAACAAGCGAGGGAAAUGGCACCCUGAUGAGAUGGUCAAUCUUUCCAGCUGGAUCUUCUAAUUUCUUUUCUAAUACCACAGUGAUGGAUAUAAUAUCUCGUUUAACUGAGCAUCGAGUUCACCUUCCGGAAGAUUUUGGAAGUUAUCAGUUGGUUGAAUGGAAUGUUGAGCCUCCAUCAAGAAGAACUUGGUGGCAAUGGCAUACGGUUGCACUUCUGGUGGGAGUAUCAAUGGUGAUUUUACUCAGCUUUACGACCCUCACGGUGUGGUACAUUUGGAGACGGAACAAAGGGCCUGGGCAAUACAGGCCAGUGGAUUCACCUCUUCCUGAACAAGAACUUCAACCUUUGUAGAUUAUACAACUCGGCUCAGUUAACUCUUCGCCUAUUCUUAAUAAUAUCAAUAUUGUCAUAAAAGAAGCUCGGGCAAUUCCAUUGAAGCAUGUCACAGGUUGAAUUAGUCUACUCUGCCUAUUAUUAUCUACUACAAGCUUACAAAGGAAGCAAAGUAGAACAAUUGCCCUUGUGAAGGCGUUUUGGAGACUUUUUUUUUUUGUCUUGUCUUGGAAUGGAAGGAAUCAACAGGAACUUGGAAAUAGAUUAUUCUUAAUAUGGCAGGUCAUCACAAGUUUGUACGGUAGUUUGCUUGUUUGUCAUGUAGAUAGUCAAUCAACAAAAGUUACUCGA